UCUCACAUGAGUCCCACUGAAAACUUCCACUUAAACUCUCAUUCAGACUGUCACUGGACUGUGGACUUCAGCUUUUCUCAUUAACACUCACUCUUCUCCUUUAUUGAGUGUACAACUUUUGCAUUUGGUGAUGUUUUGGACACGCAGUCUAUUUUUUUAGGAGUUUAGUAGACUCCAAAAACAUUACUUUGUGGUGUAUUUUUAUUUAAUUCAUGACAUUUCCUCCCUUUUAACCGCGGUAUUGUGGCUCCCGGCCGUGGCCAUGCAGCAGGAGCUCCUCUUUAAAGUGCUGGUGAUUGGGGACCUGGGAGUGGGGAAGACCUCCAUCAUAAAGCGGUACGUCCACCAGAUCUUCUCCCAGCAUUACCGCGCCACCAUCGGAGUCGACUUCGCCCUCAAAGUGAUUCACUGGGACAACAACACAGUGGUCCGACUGCAGCUCUGGGACAUAGCAGGACAGGAGCGCUACGGGAACAUGACCAGAGUUUACUACAGAGAGGCUGUGGGGGCUCUGGUGGUGUUUGACGUCACACGAGCUUCUACGUUUGAGGCUGUGCUCAAGUGGAAGGACGACCUGGACUCCAAAGUGACUCUGAACCACGGCAGACCAGUCCCUGCGGUGCUCUUGGCCAAUAAAUCGGACCAGCUCGCAUCUCACAGCCCCAAACUGGACACUUUCUGCAAAGAGAAUGGAUUUGUGGCCUGGUUUGAGACUUCGGCAAAGGAAAACACAAAUAUCGAGGAGGCUGCUAAUUGUCUGGUGGAGCACAUCAUGAGUAACGAGGAAAACCCUGGUUUGGAGAGAGAACCCACGUCUCUGGUCCUGUCCGGGUACAGCCACAGCCACCGGGACCACUUAAACAUCAACUGCCCCUCCUGCCCCAAGUGGUGA